GGGUAACCUUUUCCCUUCCUUAUCCCGUUUAUAUGGUACGUUGACUUCCGCCGUCGAUGUUAAAGCACUGCUAUCAUGGCGGAGCGCGUUCAGCAGCCCCCAGCCAAACGGCUCUGCUGUAGACCGGGUUAUAACACGAAUUGUAGACAGGGACAACGGGCCGGGGGUACGUUAUGUGGCGGUUCGGGUGCGGCCCAAGGCGGGUCGAGCAAAAGCCAGACCCCGGAGUCUCUGUUGGACAUCUCGGCCCGGAAAGUGGCUGAGAAGUGGCCGUUUCAACGGGUAGAGGAGCGCUUCGAACGGAUCCCGGAGCCUGUACAGAGACGGAUCGUUUACUGGUCUUUUCCACGGAGUGAACGGGAGAUCUGCAUGUAUUCUUCGUUCAGUACAGGGGGAGAGGAGAGUGGAACUAGCGGGGAAAAUAGUGAUGAGACGCGGCUGCCUUUCAGACGAGGCAUCGCUCUGUUGGAGAGCGGCUGUGUGGACAACGUAUUGCAAGUCGGGUUCCACCUCAGCGGAACGGUAACAGAACCGGCCACGCCGUCGGAAUCCGAGCUCGUCUGCAGCGUGAGUGUCAGCUUCGACCGCUGCAAGAUCACCGCGGUCACAUGCAGCUGUGGCAACAAGGACAUCUUCUACUGCGCGCAUGUGGUAGCGCUGGCCCUGUACCGCGUACGGAAGCCCGAGCAGGUCAAACUGCACCUGCCCAUCUCAGAGACACUGUUCCAGAUGAACAGAGACCAGCUGCAGAAAUUUGUUCAGUACCUGAUAACAGUACACCACACGGAGGUGCUGCCCACUGCUCAGAAACUAGCUGAUGAGAUUCUGUCAACAAACUCUGAGAUCAACCAGGUCCAUGGGGCCCCAGACCCCACGGCAGGGGCCAGUGUAGAUGAUGAGAACUGUUGGCACCUGGAUGAGGAGCAGGUCCAGGAGCAGGUGAAACUCUUCCUUUCACAGGGAGGAUACCAUGGCUCUGGGAAACAACUCAACCUGCUGUUCAGCAAGGUGAGAGAGAUGUUGAAGAUGCGUGACUCCAACGGUGCCAGGAUGUUAACGCUGAUCACAGAACAGUUUAUGGGCGACCCUCGUCUGGCACUGUGGAGACAACAGGGAACCACCAUGACCGACAAAUACAGACAGCUGUGGGAUGAGCUAGGCACCCUGUGGAUGUGUAUUGUGCUGAACCCCCACUGUAAGUCGGAGCAGAAGUGUGUGUGGCUGAGACAGCUUAGACGGUGGAACAGCGUCGAUGUGUGUCCAUGGGAGGACGGAAACCAUGGCAACGAACUACCCAACCUCACACACGCACUACCGCACGGCAACCCAGACUUGUCGUCUCGUCCUCAUAGGACAGUGUUUACGAGGGCCAUUGAGGCCUGCGACCUGCACUGGCAGGACACACAUCUGCAGUGUGUCAUCACACAUGACCUCUGCACACACACACACACACACACACACUGUCCACACGACAACCACGGCAGUGGAGGGGCACUGUUUGACGCCCGCGGCUGGCCCCUCUGGCACGAGCACGUCCCAACAGCGUGUGCGAGGGUUGACGCACUGCGGUCACAUGGUUAUCCUAGGGAAGCCUUGCGAUUGGCCAUUGCUAUUGUCAACACACUCAAACGGCAGCAACAGAAACAACUACAGCUCCUCCGCAACCACAAAAAAGAGCUGCUCCAUAAAGGCAUGACGUCAGUCACUAACAUGGAGGGGUGGGUGGGCCACCCGCUGGACCCUAUUGGCACUCUGUUCAGCACCCUACUGGACACUGGACGGGGAGACGAGGAGGGGGGCAACGCCUUCCUAGACUUCUCAGGCUCUGUGAGUUCAGCCAAAAGGUCGGAGCCCCACCUCUUCCCAGCACAACACUUCCUGGACGAUGGCCAAUCGUUCGUAGCACUGGCUGUAGAGGCGGCUCUGAUUGGCUUAGGGCAGCAGAGGGUGAUGCCUGAUGGCCUAUACGCCCAGGAGAAGGUGUGUCGCAACGAAGAGCAGCUAUUGGCCAAGCUCCAGGAAGUGGAACUGAAUGAUGCCCUGGUCAAGAUCUUCCGCAAGCAAGCAGUCUUCCUGCUAGAGGCUGGUCCAUACAGUGGUCUAGGAGAGUUGCUCUACAGAGAGAGUGUUCCCAUGCAUACUUUCGCCAAGUAUCUCUUCACCUCCCUACUACCUCACGACGCUGAACUGGCGUACAAAAUUGCACUGAGAGCCAUGAGGUUACCGGUCCUGGAAACCACGGCUCCAUCAGGUGAUCUAUCCAGACCUCACCAUAUAGUAUCUAUGGUCCCUAACCGCUACCCUCGCUGGUUCACUCUGUCUCACAUAGAGUCACAACAAUGUGAACUGGCCUCCACCAUGCUUACCGCAGCCAAAGGUGAUGGGCGUAAGUUAGAAACGGUGUUAGAGUCCAUCCAGAAGAACAUCCACUCCUCGUCUCACAUCUUCAAACUGGCUCAGGAUGCCUUCAAGAUCGCUACUCUGAUGGACAGCCUGCCAGACCUCACACUGCUUAAAGUCUCACUGGAGCUGGGCCUUCAGGUGAUGAGAAUGACUCUGUCCACGUUGAACUGGAGGAGGAGAGAGAUGGUACGGUGGCUGGUCACCUGUGCCACAGAAGUUGGUGUGUAUGCGUUGGACAGCAUCAUGCAGAGUUGGUUCACCCUGUUCACCCCGACCGAGGCCACCAGCAUCGUGGCCACCACCGUCAUGUCCAACACCACCAUCGUCCGGCUGCACCUGGACUGUCACCAGCAGGAGAACCUGGCCUCCUCCGCCCGGACACUGGCCCUCCAGUGUGCCAUGAAGGACCCCCAGAACUGUUCCCUCUCCGCCCUCACCCUCUGUGAGAAGGACCACAUCGCCUUCGAGACAGCCUACCAGAUCGUUCUGGACGCGGCCGUCACGGGGAUGAGCUACACACAGCUCUUUACGAUAGCCAGGUACAUGGAGCACAGAGGAUAUCCCAUGAGGGCAUACAAGCUGGCCACGCUAGCCAUGGCCCACCUUAACCUCAGCUACAACCAGGACACCCACCCAGCUAUCAACGACGUGCUGUGGGCCUGCGCUCUGAGUCACUCUCUGGGGAAGAAUGAGCUGGCUGCCGUCAUCCCCCUGGUGGUGAAAAGUGUGAAGUGCGCCACUGUGCUGUCAGACAUUUUGAGACGGUGCACAUUGACCACGCCGGGCAUGGUGGCGCUGCACAGCCGCAGGAACUCUGGGAAGCUGAUGUCGCUGGACAAGGCUCCACUCAGGCAGCUGCUGGACGCCACCAUCGGAGCCUACAUCAACACCACGCACUCUCGCCUCACGCACAUCAGCCCGCGCCACUACAGCGAGUUUAUAGAGUUCCUCAGUAAGGCCAGAGAGACGUUCCUCAUGGCCCAGGACGGACACAUCCAGUUUACCCAGUUCAUAGACAACCUCAAACAGAUCUACAAGGGCAAGAAGAAACUCAUGAUGCUCGUACGGGAGAGGUUCGGUUGACGAAAGACUAAACUUAAAAACUAUUGUGAUUGGUCGAUGGAUCUAUUGAGAUGGAGAUUGAGAGCGAUCACGCCCCCUUUUACUUGAUUCUGCCUUUGUAUCCCUUUUAACUUAAAAAGUGAUGGAAAAAGUGAAAGAAAAACCUGAAAACAACAAAGGCCACAUCGGUAUUAAUGUGUAUAGACCCUAUUUAGUUCACAAACAAGCGAACAAAAAAUACAAUUGUCAUGUUGUGGAAGUGUGUGUGUGUGUGUGUGUGUGUGUGUGUGUGUGCGUGUCCCUUUAUGUAUAAAGACAGUGUGAAAGAGUGUAGAGAGAGAGAGAGAGAGAGAGAACUAAAGAGAAAAAUAAAAUCUUUUUACACUGAGUAUAUGUUGUCCAGUGGCGAGAUGUCCACAUAGCACUCCUGUCCCCCUCUGUUCAAAUGCUCACAGCUCAGAGACAAUGAGACAAACAAGGCUUAAAACCAAACAGAGCAACUCCAUCAGACGUGACCAGUACCUCGUACGGAGCCAGCUUUAUUCCCCCCUUGUCCUUAGCCCUUCCUUCCCCCACUCAGUGUAGUCAGUGUGUGUUAACAGUUAAAUAACAACACAAACAGUUCACUAUCCAGUUCAGUCUUCAAUUUCUUGUUUUUUUUCUCUUUAGUAACAGGGAUCACCAACUCCAGGCUGACUGUCUGCUGUGGCUUUAGUAACAGAGAUCACCAACUCCAGGCUGACUGUCUGCUGUGGCUUUAGUAACAGGGAUCACCAACUCCAGGUUGACUGUCUGCUGUGGCUUUAGUAACAGAGAUCACCAACUCCAGGUUGACUGUCUGCUGUGGCUUUAGUAACAGGGAUCACCAACUCCAGGCUGACUGUCUGCUGUGGCUUUAGUAACAGGGAUCACCAACUCCAGGCUGACUGUCUGCUGUGGCUUUAGUAACAGGGAUCACCAACUCCAGGUUGACUGUCUGCUGUGGCUUUAGUAACAGGGAUCAUCAACUCCAGGCUGACUGUCUGCUGUGGCUUUAGUAACAGGGAUCACCAACUCCAGGUUGACUGUCUGCUGUGGCUUUAGUAACAGGGAUCACCAACUCCAGGCUGACUGUCUGCUGUGGCUUUAGUAACAGGGAUCAUCAACUCUAGGCUGACUGUCUGCUGUGGCUUUAGUAACAGGGAUCACCAACUCCAGGUUGACUGUCUGCUGAGGCUUUAGUAACAGAGAUCACCAACUCCAGGCUGACUGUCUGCUGUGGCUUUAGUAACAGAGAUCACCAACUCCAGGCUGACUGUCUGCUGUGGCUUUAGUAACAGAGAUCACCAACUCCAGGUUGACUGUCUGCUGUGGCUUUAGUAACAGAGAUCACCAACUCCAGGCUGACUGUCUGCUGUGGCUUUAGUAACAGAGAUCACCAACUCCAGGCUGACUGUCUGCUGAGGCUUUAGUAACAGGGAUCAUCAACUCCAGGUUGACUGUCUGCUGUGGCUUUAGUAACAGAGAUCACCAACUCCAGGUUGACUGUCUGCUGUGGCUUUAGUAACAGAGAUCACCAACUCCAGGUUGACUGUCUGCUGUGGCUUUAGUAACAGGGAUCACCAACUCGAGGCUGACUGUCUGCUGUGGCUUUAGUAACAGAGAUCACCAACUCCAGGCUGACUGUCUGCUGAGGCUUUAGUAACAGGGAUCACCAACUCCAGGCUGACUGUCUGCUGUGGCUUUAGUAACAGAGAUCACCAACUCCAGGCUGACUGUCUGCUGUGGCUUUAGUAACAGGGAUCACCAACUCCAGGCUCACUGUCUGCUGUGGCUUUAGUAACAGGGAUCACCAACUCCAGGUUGACUGUCUGCUGAGGCUUUAGUAACAGAGAUCACCAACUCCAGGCUGACUGUCUGCUGAGGCUUUAGUAACAGGGAUCACCAACUCCAGGCUGACUGUCUGCUGUGGCUUUAGUAACAGGGAUCCCCAACUCCAGGUUGACUGUCUGCUGAGGCUUUAGUAACAGGGAUCACCAACUCCAGGCUGACUGUCUGCUGAGGCUUUAGUAACAGGGAUCACCAACUCCAGGCUGACUGUCUGCUGAGGCUCUGCAGUGUUGUUUACCCUGAUGCUUUAGACACGUGCAGAAACACAUAGUAACGGACACAUUCAGAAACUCAUGCAGUUCCAGAAACAACCUGUAAACACACACUUGCAGAAAAACACAAUUAUACUGUCAUAGUGCUUGCGCUUGUGGAAACUUAGCAACUAUCAACAUACAUUCUCAGGGAUUUCUCAACAAAAAAAGCAAAGGAAAAUAAAAAAGAGAGAAUGAGAGCAUUUUAUUGUACUGUAUAUAUGAUAGUAUAUGUCUGAAUAUUGAAAACAAAUGUAUACGUUAACUAAUUUAUUAAAUCAUAUUCUAUGUAAUGCAAAAUACUUGAAGCUGCAGUACCAUGGUUUUUAUAACCAAAACAUAUCAGAAGGACUUUUAAAACGUGUCGCGUUGCGUCAUCAGGGGCCAGGACAAUGGUCAAAGGUUAGGGGUCAUCUCAGUAGGACUGUUAGCUGGGCGACCCCGGAGAGACAGACAGACUGACAUCCACUGGACUGCUUGACAGGAUCCGGCUGUUUGCAAAAAAUGACAUGGAUGUUGUAUUUUGUAUGGACCAGCAAAAUAUAUGUAUCCUCCAGUUGAACACAGUUGUAUUGGGCAGCGUGGUAUAAGAGGAGAGAAAGAGAGAGAAACUGCCCAGGAGCCCGAUCAGUGAGCCUUAGCAUUACAAAUGGAGAACUCCGGCCCAGUGCCUACGAAGCCGUGAAAUGUAGAUCCGACAUAAUCCCUGACUCUUUACUAAUAAUUAGCAUAGUAAUAUGCUGUGGUGAAAUUUGGUUUGUUCACGCAUCAUGUCUCCUUCCACAGUGUUCAAGUCACAAAAAAGAAUCUCCAUUAUAUGCACAACAACAAAUGAAAACAUGUACAUGCCUCUACAACGAACCUACAACAUGCCUCUUCUGUCGACUCCUUGACUGUGCAGGACGGAAAGUUGCUAUGUUGGUCUUGACUGUUCAAUUUUGUUUUGUUACGCUUUUUUAUAUGUUUCUCCUUUUUUAACUUUUUAGUUAUCUCUCUAGAAUUAUUCAACGAGAACAGCCUUCUUUCUUGCCUUGUCUUAACGCUUUAAAACAACCAAACGGGAGUUCUGACUACCAAACUUUGUUCAUUGAAUUGAAAAAGCCAACCGACUUUGGUUACAACUUUUAGUGUCUUUUCAUUUUUAGCGGAAUGGUUCUGUGUUCUGUGCUUUAAAAAGCCCUUCUCCUCUGUUUGUUUUGGGGUGUCUCUUGUCCCCUCCUCCCCUAGAGGUUUGUCCAUAGGUCCUUUGUCCAGAGACAAAUAUCGUUCAUGUUCCAUUUUAUUUAUUAUGAUAGGUAAACGAUUGUACUUCUUCAACCGUGUCAACAUUGCUCAUGAUGUUAAAAUUCAGAUUUGAUACACCAAUAUCAAUUUAUUUAUGUAACUAAAUCACUGUUUUAUAAACUUGUUAAUGAUUGAACUUUUUUGUUUUAAUUAAAAUUUGUUUUUUGAGAGGA